AUGCGUAUUCGGAACAGCAAUGGUCUCAUGCGAAUCGCAGGAGUCAUAUAUUUGGGUUCUUCACCAGUUUCUGGAAUGCAUGCAAGACACUGCAUGCUGGCAGAUAUGGAAAUCGAAGAGUUCGAAGCGUAUUGGGAGUCAAUGGUCAAUGAGUGCGGUGUUAGGGAGGUUGAGUGGGUUAAGGACUUGUACGGGGUGUUAGAAUUUGUCAGAAAUUUUCAAAGGUAUGUGGAUUUUCUGCGUGACACCGAGGACGAGCUAGAGUUUCGUUCAUGGUACGGAACACCUGUGCUACAAACGGAGUUCGUAGAGCUGGAAAAGUCUGGAUGGACUAUGUUCACCCGCGAAAUGUUUCUCAGAUACCGGGAUAGCCUGAAACGGUGUGUUCGUGUUAGAAUAUGUGAAUUUAAUGACAGUGAGAACCCUCAUGCAUAUACUCUUCAGAAGUAUCGGAGGCUGGAGAUGAAUUGGAAGGUUUAUAAGGACCAUAUCUCGAACAGAUUUACUUGCACCUGCAUGCGUAUGGAGUCGUUUGGCAUUCCUUGUGUGCAUAUCCUUUCCGUUUGUGUUAGUCUAGACUUGGUGGAAAUCCCUGAAAGCCUUGUGCUGCGUAGGUGGUCCAAGGCAGCCAAAUUGGAGAUCCAUAACCAAUGUGGUGAGCAACAAACUGCUGACCCAAGUGUGACCUAUAGGACACGAUUGGGUGCUUUCUCCCAGCUGUGUAAGCGUUUAGGGCGCGUUGCUUGCAUGAGUGAUGAAGACUUCAAGCUUUACUCAAACAAGCUUAUGAGCGAUGCUCUGUUCCUUGAAAUAAAGUACGGCUUAAGACCAUUAACGGAUGAUAUGACAACAGCAAAUGAUUGCUGGGUGAAGGACCCCAUUCGUGUCAGGACAAAAGGCACGGGUCGGAUGAGUCAAGCAGGCGGUUCUGCGCCGAAAACCAAAAGAAAGUGCAGCACAUGCGGGAAGCUAGGGCACCGGAGGACUAGAUGCCCCAACGGAGGCGCGCAAGCUUCAACGAGGAACAAAGAAUCACAUGCUGGGAGAAAUAAACGCAAGCGAUCAAAGGUACCCGUCGUUGUCCCAGAUAAUUGUCCGUUUGAAAAUGCAUGUCAAGCUGGAAGCGACAAAUGGGAACAAUUUUCUCUUGCAGACCCAUGA